UCAAACACUUUAAAAACUAAAAAAAGCUGCAAAAGGGGAAGAGAAAGAGAGGAAAGGAGAGAAGAAUGGAGAAUGGUGGUGGAAGGUCCUUUUUGAGGCAACUAAGUAGUGGUGGGAAACAAGCAUGGGAAAACACUUCAGGGUACCAUCCUUUGUCUAAUGGUGGAGGUGUUUCAAGGAAGUGGGGUAAAGGAAAGAGAGGUGAUGUUAAUGCCAAUGGUGGAGUUGAUUCAAUGAAGAAGACAGAAGAAGGUGGUAAUGGAGUUGAAAAUAUUAAUGAUAAAAAUAAGAAGAAGAAGAAGAGAAGGUGAUGGUGGUGAUAGAGGAAAACUCAAAGAAGGGAAAGCAUGCAAUGAUGUGGGCAUUAACACAUGUUGUAAACAAAGGUGAUAUGCUUGUUCUCCUCCAUGUUGUUCCUAGUUACCAUAAUGGUGCUCAAAAGAGUGAGGAUGAUUUCCAAGUUUCCAACUCUCUUGUUUCUCUUUGCAAGUCUAGCAACCCUGAGGUGGCUGUGGAGAGUGUGGUGAUUAAAGGGCCAAAGUUGGGGAGUGUUCUUGGUCAAGUGAAGAAGAUGGAGAUCUCUAUUCUUGUGUUGAGCCAGAGCAAGGCUUUACCUUUCUGCUGUUUGUUCAAUAAUAGCAAUGAGGAGUUUGUGGAUCAAUGCAUCAAUCAAGCAGAAUGCUUGACAAUGGCUGUGAGGAAGCAGAGCAAAGGCAUGGGUGGAUACCUUGUUAGUACUAGAUGGCACAAGAACUUCUGGCUCUUAGCUUGAAUAUAUAAUAUAUAUAUAUAUAUAUUGGGGUUGAAAAAUCAAAGUUAUGUAUGUUUGCAAUCUU